AUGUGGUCGUCUUUGUCUGGUCUUCCAGGGAGCAACCUGGUGUGCACGGCGCUGUGGUUGGCCCUCAAACGACUGUCUGCAAUGUGGACCAAGCCUGGCCAGAGGUUCUACAUCAAGCGUCUCCACCUUCAGCUCGAUAACUGCGUCGGCGAAAACAAGAACAACAUCGUCCUGGCCUUCAUUGGCGGAUUGGUCGCCGCCGGGGUGAUCGGUUCUGCAGAGGUCUGCUUCCUGAUCGUUGGACACACGCACAUCAAAAUCGACCAAGUGUUUUCUCGGUUCUCUGUGGGUACCCUCGGUCGAAGCAUCUUCACGAGGAGUCAACUUGGUGAGCUAUUCCGGGAGUCGUACAAGGAACUUCCGGUACACGUAGGGACUCUGACCAACCUCGGCAACUUCAAGGGGCUCUACCUCGACGACAACAAGCUCAACCUUCGGAAGAUCCGGAACAUCACCACGUUUCGGGCCUUCCGAGUGGGGAAGGUAGCAGGGGAGGUUUCCGUGUGGGCCAAGCGCUUCAUGCACAGCGAUGCCUGGCUUGGUCUGACAGCGACCGGCGGGGCCCAGGUCGACGCCAACCCACACCGUCUCUUCCGGUUCGCUGCGCCGACUUUCGACAACGUGCCUCCUUUUGAGCUCAAGACGGUCGACCCCACCGUGAUCGCCCUCAUCGAGAAGCGCUACAUCGCGACGCGGCCCCGCCUAGAGGCUGCUUACGCACUAGCUCCUGACGGUGUGGUCGACGCUCUAUUGGCUGAGCAGAGCGACUCGCUGAAGUUGUUGCGCUCCGGAGGAACGAUCAACAACUUCGACCUCCCAAUGGAAUGGCUCCACACGGCGAUCCCGCCAGCGCCUUUGCCUCCCUCUGCGGGCGCGACCGCGGACGGAGUGGACAACACACCCUCUCGGGCGAACGGGGUGUCAGAGCCCUCUAAGAGAAAGGCCUUAAACCCAGUGCGUCCAACGUCGCUAACACCACCCAGCGUUGGCGACAUCGCAUUCUUCAAGGCGGAGGAAGCUCCGUUUGUGCUGGGGGAGGUGCUGAGCAUAGCUGCAGACGCCUCGCCGGUGAACGUCAACAUCCACUGGUAUGGGCCUAUCAACAAUACCGUUAGGGCGGGAGCGGGCAGCGCGACUGUCGAGGACUAUGCCGUGGCGCGUUUCAGCAAGGAUUUCAUCCUAACGAGCGGCGCGAAGCGCAGAACGCUCGAUACCAGCGACGAGCCUAUCACACGCAAUAUCGCAUGCUGCAGUUCGCUAACUUCAACGGGUAACAUCCCGGCGAGAAUUAAGAAAGUGCUGAUGGAGACUUGCCGGCCUGCACCUUCGUCGUCCUCGGAGAGCGAAGCAAGUGACUCGGACGACGACGGGUCUGGAAGCGGACUCUGAGGAAGACGAGUCCGAUGACGACGGCUAUGGUUCAGACUAGUCCUGGCGCCUAGCAGGGACUAGAUUGAUGUCGAGACCGGGGCGUUCUGGGGAUCAAGAAGAUUUGUACUAGCGGUUUUGCGCCGUACGAUGGUCGACAUUUGUCAACUUCGAGCUCUGUACCCAAAUCUUGUCGUAGGGGCUGUGGGUCUUUCCAUCAUAGUAACAUAACCUCCGAAGUGCCGUGUGCUCAGAUUUUUAGCUUUUGCUAGUGCGUCAGGGAAUCUAUCGAAAUUGACCGGAAAACACGCGUAAGAACUCGUAAGAAAUCUGUGUCUGCCCGGGGGGUAGGGGGGUGGGGGUGUUGAACCAGGUGCGGUUUGGGGUCCUUGGCGGCGGAACUAUCGUGAUUUU